UAUUAGUUACCUGCGAGACAACGGUGUGGGAGUAAACAUGGCUGGAAUAAAAUCGUUUUACGACAUCACAGCCAAAACCCUUACUGGUGAGGAGUUAAAGUUGUCUUCUUUCCAGGGCAAGGUGGUCUUGAUCGAGAAUGUCGCUUCUCUUUGAGGCACGACCACCAGGGAUUACAUCCAGAUGAACGAGCUCCACGAACGCUUCUCCGAUAAAGGGCUUGUGAUUCUGGGAGUUCCCUGCAAUCAGUUCGGCUAUCAGGAAAACUGUACAAAUGAAGAGAUCCUUCCGUCCUUGAAGUAUGUCCGUCCUGGCAAUGGCUUUGAACCUAAAUUCCAGCUCUUGGAGAAGGUUGACGUGAACGGGAAAGCCACUCACCCUCUCUUUGUCUUCCUCAAGGAGAAACUUCCAUUCCCGAGCGAUGAGCCAAUGCCCUUCAUGAACGACCCCAAAUUUAUUGUGUGGAGUCCUGUGUGCAGAAAUGAUGUCGCUUGGAAUUUUGAGAAGUUUCUCAUUGGAUCUGAUGGCGUGCCAUUCAAACGCUACAGCAGGAGAUACCUGACCAGCAACAUUGAAGGAGACAUCAAGAAACUUCUCAGCGUAGCCACCUAAAAUGGUUUGGGUGUCAAAAUAAAGUAAUAAUCCAGCUUCUGCAUUGCAAACCUUCCCCUAUAUGGAUCUCCAAUAGGUUUUCAUGACAGGUUGUGCUCUCAUGUGCAUGAUGUUGCUGUGUUUGGACUUUUACUUCAUGAAGGUGCUCCUGUAAACAUGCUUGUCUGUGGGGAGCAUCUGAUGCCGUGCAGAAGUCCUAACUGAACUGUUUCAUUUAGCUCUUGGAUGGCACAACAUGCAUUUUGAACCAAUAAAUGUUUCCU